UUUGUCAUAAAUUGUGUCCAAUGUCAGGUCACUAAAAAUUAAUUGGUGAAUUUGUAUAAACAUUAUAGAAAUAAAUGGAUAAAUUUAAAAAAAAAACUAAAUAUAAUUUUUUUUAUUGGAUAAAUCUAUUUUAGAGCCACGUGUGCAUUUUAUAAAAUAUAAUACUUUUUUGAUACUUUGAAAUUAACAUUUUGUAUGAUAAUAUCAUCAAUAUCAAUAAUAAAUCAUGUCUAAAAAAUUGUCGACGACGCUGACAUUGGCAGUGACGGCGUUGAAAAAUUUAGAAGAACGCAAAGGAGCUAGUCCGCAUGAUAUCUGUAAUUAUAUUUCUUCGGUUUAUAAUGUCCCGCGCGAAGUUGCCAAACGUCAAGCUCUGGUGGCAUUGAAACGUGGCACUUCUUAUGGUCUAUUGAAAGAAAUUUCAGGUCGUUAUAAUCUUCUAACUGAUACUGAAAAAGAGUCUUAUGAAUUAACAAACCAGGAGCUCGGUCUUUUGGACUUUACAUGUAGAAAACGUCGAUUGGAACGAAAACGUCGAAUGCGUCGUGGCAAUGGACAAAAAUUAAGUGGAAAUAAAAUUAGACCGCGCAGUAUUACGCGUAAGAAAAGUAAAAAUAGGGGUAAAAAGAAAAGUAAAAUAAUGAGUAGAAGUAAAAGUGGAAGUGGAAGUAGAAGUGGAAGCAAAAAAGGUAGGAAGCGUAGUGUAAGUAAAAGUGGUAAUGGUUCAGCUAAAAGGAAUCGUAGUUGUGUUUGUCCACCGGGAAGUCGUAGCAGAGGAAAAAUAAAGAGACGAAGUAGCUCUCGGAGUAGCAGAAAGAGAACUAAAAGCAAGUCAAGGCAUACGGGAAACAGGAAACGUAGCAGAAGAAAGAGUAAAAGUGCUAAUAAAUUGAAAAGUAAACGUAAUAAGAGUAUAAGAAGAAGUAGAAGUAAACGUAGAAGCAAGAGCAGAAGUAAAAGUAGAAGCAAAAGUCGAAGCAAAAGUCGAAGCAGAAGCAGAAGUAGGAGUGGAAGCAGGAGUGGAAGCAGGAGUGGGAUGAAAAAGAGUAUCAGUAAGAGACGGUCAAAAAAAAUAAAAAUGUCGAAAAAAAAUGGUAAAAAGAAACGUACUAAAUCCUGUGAAUGCCCGACUAAUCCCGCAGCACGUAAAAUGCCCUCGAAAUCUAGUGGAAAUGAUUCAAAGUCUGAUAAACCUACAAGUGUUAAAAAAGAAAAGAAAGAAAAGAGAGAACCAAAAAAAGAUAACUGUCUUUUUAAUUUUUUUGGAGUUUCUUCGGGUAAUAAAUAUCCGAUGGACUACUAAUUAUUCUUUUAAUAAUAAUGAUAAUUAUUUUAAUUAUCAAAGUCCAACAAUUAUUUAUUACCCGAUAGUACAUCCAUCUUUUGAUUUUAUAUUUUAUAUAUUUUUUAUUCGAUUAUUUAUGGUAUUAAAUUUCUUU